CCGACCCGCCCCGCGCUCCGCUCGCUGCCGGCCGCGCCCCGGCGGGAGCGGCCCCCGAGCCCCGAGCGUGGUUGUGUCCUCCCCGCUCCCGGUUGGGAGUCCGGGCUGCUCUUGCCGUGCGCUCAGGGCGUUCCUUGGCUGUUGUGGUGAAACCCUUCUGGUUCCUGUUGUGUGUUCUCCCACCGUGCCUGCCGCUGUACGGGAAAUGUGUAGCAAGGAGGAAUCGAGUCAAGAGUGGUGGAAGCAUGACAGCCCAGGAGGGAGAAGUGAUAAAUCCUAAAAGAGGAUUGAAAGGGAAAAGUUGGGUCCAGUGGGAGCUUAACAAGUGGAAGCAGCAGGAUGAUUUCUCUCCAGAGUUUAUUUUUGAAUGGAAGUGUGCUCCUUCCCAGUAGAAGAUGGUGAUCCUAAUGUAUGAUCAUGGAGAAGGGGAUAAGUUCAGUAGAAGUGUUACCUUCCAAAUCAUCUCAGGUUACAGCUGUAAAAGUGGUCGUCAAAGAGCCCGAAACAAAGCAAACCCAAAGAGGGAAACGAGUGGGAUUUGUGCUUGUCCAUGCAGGUGCAGGUUAUCAUUCUGAAUCCAAAGCUAAAGAGUACAAGCAUGUGUGCAAAAGAGCCUGCCAGAAGGCAAUUGAAAAGCUACAGGCUGGUGCUCUUGCAACAGAUGCAGUGACUGCAGCACUUAUAGAAUUAGAGGAUUCUCCUUUUACAAAUGCAGGAUUGGGAUCUAACCUAAACCUACUGGGUGAGAUAGAAUGUGAUGCCAGUAUAAUGGAUGGAAAGUCAUUGAAUUUUGGAGCUGUUGGAGCACUGAGUGGAAUCAAGAAUCCAGUUUCGGUUGCAAAUAGAUUGUUGUGUGAAGGGCAGAAGGGGAAACUCUCUGCUGGCAGAAUUCCACCCUGCUUUUUAGUUGGUGAAGGAGCUUACAGAUGGGCAGUUGAUCACGGGAUACCAGCAUGUCCUCCAGGUAUCAUGGCUACAAGGUUUAGUUUAGCAGCUUUUAAGAGGAACAAGAGGAAGCUGGAGUUGGCCGAAAAGGUGGAAACAGAUCUCAUUCAACUAAAGAAAAGAAGACAAUCAAAUGAAAAGGAGAAUGACUCAGGAACUUUGGAUACAGUUGGUGCAGUUGUUGUUGACCAAGAAGGAAAUGUUGCUGCUGCUGUCUCCAGUGGAGGUUUAGCACUGAAGCAUCCUGGAAGAGUUGGUCAGGCAGCUCUUUAUGGUUGUGGCUGCUGGGCUGAAAAUACAGGAGCUCAUAAUCCUUAUUCCACUGCUGUGAGUACUUCAGGUUGUGGAGAGCACCUUGUCCGGACCAUACUGGCCAGAGAAUGUUCCUGUGCUUUGCAAACAGAGGAUGCCCACCAAGCUCUCCUAGAGACUAUGCAAAACAAGUUUAUUGGCUCACCUUUUCUAGCCAAUGAAGAUGGUGUGCUCGGAGGUGUGAUAGUUCUCCGCUCCUGCAGGUGCUCAGCCGAGCCUGAAUCCUCACAGGAAAAGCCAACUUUACUAGUGGAAUUUCUGUGGAGCCAUACAACAGAGAGCAUGUGUGUUGGAUACAUGUCUGCACAGGAUGGCAAAGCUAAGACUCACAUUUCAAGACUUCCUCCUGGAGCUGUGGCAGGACAGUCCGUGGCAAUAGAAGGAGGAGUUUGCAGGCUGGAGAGUCCAGAAAGCAGCUGAUUCUUCACUUCAUUGCAGAGAAUGUGAAUGACUCUUUGUACAAUAAGGAGGUUUUUUUUUUUUUGUGUUUCAACAGAUGUUGGAAAUUCUGCUUUUGUUUUAUACUCUGUAUUGCAACCAUGUGCACCACAACUUGAGACAAGUGCUGCUGUAGUUUAUGUUCUCACUCUGUGAAUGGGGGUUAUGUGCAUGUUCAUUUGUCCCACAAAUAAAAUAGGAACGCUCCCCAGUUGUGCAAAGAUCAUGUAUGAUUACUGAUUGCAUUUUCAUUUUUCUGUGUUGAAAGAUAACCAAAAGUUAAGAAAAAAUGAUUUAAAGAUAUGGUCACAAUUGUCAUUCAUAUUCUAAAUUUAAAAGGCCUUUGAAGUGGCUUUAUAAUUAUGCAAAAAAUUAUUAUGGUUUCUAAGUUUCUUAGUAGUUUAAGGAAAUCCAGAGGUGAUUUAAACAUGAGUUGUUUUUUUUCCUCUCCAGUAAGGAGGAUUUUUUUUUUUUGUUCAAAGAAUGGUUUCAGUGAAACAAACUAGAGCAAAAUUAAGGCUCAAAUUGUUUUUGAAUAGUCUUAUAGGUCAUAUCUGUGUUCCCAACCCAGAUGUUAAUAGCUCAAAGCUGUAUGUAUUGCAAAAAGCUAUAUGAAGAUAACGUAUCGUUACGCAGUCUUUAUGUAUAAUGGAAUAUUACAGUGUAAAUAAGAAAACAAAGUUUAUGGAAAGAUUCAAUAUUAUUCUUCACUUCUGCUUUAAAUCUAUUUUUAAGAGAGGUACAGAAAUGAACAUAUUACUGGAUGAGAAGUGCAAUGUGUAUCAAGUGGCUGGUGGGAGGUCUGAUCCUGAGCUUUCGUGUUGGUAAAGCAACUUCCUCAUGUCCAGCCGCAGCAUGGGUAUUUAUAUAACUGUGUGUAAUAUGUAUGUACUGUGCAUAAAUUUACUGUAACUCUUUUUGAUACCUUGAACAAAUCUGCAAUGUAAAACAACGUAAUCCUUGUCUGCCUCGUGAAGCGUUGGCAGCUGAACUGUCAUUUGUCACCAGUUUGGCUAUGGGAGCCAGGUUGCCCAAGUCCUAAAAGCGAGUUCUGAUGUAAAACCUUCCACUCAGUCCUUUUUACUUCUCAGCACUGGCAGCAAUAGAAGACUUUUGUAAUUGAUUCAUUGUCCUGAUAAGUAUGCCAAAGAGAAACUAAAAUAGUUCAUCCUUUUCCCUGGUGGAUAUUUGAUAAUUCUGUUUUCAGAAAUAGUGGAUGAAUAGAUAUUCAGACUGUAUUCGCUUAAUCAGGCAUUGUACUUGCCUGUUUUGUAAUAUUGUGCCUGCCUAUAACAAACAUACUUGACUGAUUAAAUGGUUAUAUUGGUUGUAGUACCAAUCUUUCAUGGAAAAGAAUAAAAUUUUUUUUAAUA